GGAAGCCAGACGUACAACAGCAACCGCACUAGCGCAACGCACAAGUGCUAUAGCUAAAGGCUGACCAGCAUAAAGAGACAUUUCAACCCACCUUUCGACGGGUCCUUGCUGCGCACCGAUCCACGCGGCAGCCGAGUUCACUCUCCUCAAAUACCAGGCUCUUUCGGACGCGCCGCCCGACGCGAAGCGGCGCCAGCUCACGCCAUCGACGCGACCGCGUACCAUCCGAGAUGAUCACACGGUGGCUCUUGACAGCACUCCUGCUCCGGCCCGCAACCGGCCUCGCCAAGGGCGGCUUCGCGGCAACCAAGCCGAAGAAAAAAACCAAGAAGGCCCCGAAGGCCCCGAAGCCCCUGGAGCCCCUGCCGCCGGGCCUGGACGGCGUCCCUCCCGUCUCGAGGUUCGAAGUCCUCAACGCUGAUGGCAUAAAACCGCAGUUCACGGGAGCCUUCCUCAUAGAGGACGAAUCGGUAGCCGACGACCUCGUGAAGGAGUUUCAUGGGAGGCCCCAGCUCCGAGGCAUGGUCUCGAACGCGGCGAACGGCGAGCCCGUCGUCGACACGUCCGUGAAGGACUCGCUGGAGAUGUCCUUUCCCGCGAACGAUCCCUCUAUUGCUUGGAGAAGGUAUCUGCUCUCACUCAAAGCGGCCAUGGGUCUUUAUCUCGAGGACUACCCGUAUGCCGGGGCUUAUGGAGCGUUCUCCAUCACGGGACGGACGAACGUCCAACUGUAUCCGCCUUCAGGGGGCUACAAGACGUUUCACACCGAGCGCACGGGCCGGGGCGAACCCGAAGGCAGUCGUCAUUUGGUGUUCAUGACCUAUCUAAAUGAUGUCACUGAUGCCGGUGCCGACGCGGCGUCUUCACUGAAUCUUGAACGUGACGUGGACAUUGGCCCUUGCGCCAUCUUCAUGAAUCGUCUCCAUCUUCCGAUGAAGUGAGUGGUCGCUUUUCGGAUUUUGAGUCUCUGGAAGACGUCGGGGCCGUCGCGGCAUGUCGGAGAGCACGCGGUCGCGUCGAUGGCGUCGCGACUGCGUCGUUCCCGCGCAGGUGGGACGGAGUUCUGCCACCAGAACCUGAUCGUGCAGCCGAAGAAGGGCUUGACUCUGAUUUGGCCGGCCGAUUGGACGUUCACGCACCGCGGCGUGCCGUCGCCGACGCAGGAGAAGAUCAUCACUACCGGGUGGUCGCGUGCUGCGUUUAGAAAUCAAUUGCAACGCGAUUGGGACUCACUGGUUGAUUUCCGCACAGGUUCAAUUUCACGUAGUCUUCGCGAGUAAAUAUACUGUCCUUAAGACUGC